ACUUACAAUAUAAGUGACUUAUGUACUACAAUUAUAUUCCCGAAAAGGUCCAAAAAAACUAUUUGAUAACAACAAAAUAAAAAGAUGAGCCCAAAGGUACAUAAGUGGUGAUGAUCAAACGUUAAAUCCUAACCCCAAAAGCCCGUCUUCCAAUCCAAAAUCUUUAUGCCAACAAUCAAUAGUUAACACCCAUGUGGCAUCUCGAGUAAUCUUGAUUGUGUGGCCUCUAACAGUUCACAAGCUAAAUUCUUUCUAUAUAUGUUAUCUUCUUUUGUUGACUUCAUAGCAUUCUGCAACUUAUCUUCACUUCCACAGCUUCCUCUCUAACAGUCGCCUGAGAUCAAUGGCAACGGCCGUCUCCACCGUCGGAGCCGUCAACCGCGCCCCGUUGAGCUUGAAUGGAAGCACUGGUAACACUGCAGUCCCAAACUCAACUUUCUUUGGUAGCAGCUUGAAGAAGAUAUCGAAUUCAAGAGUGACAAACAACAACAACAAGUCUCUCUCCUUCAAAGUACUUGCAGCCGAAAAAGAGAUCGAUGAAACCCAACAAACCGACAAAGACAGAUGGAGAGGACUCGCAUACGACAUCUCUGAUGAUCAACAAGACAUCACCAGAGGUAAGGGAAUGGUAGAUGCUCUCUUCCAAGCUCCACAAGAUGCGGGAACCCAUUAUGCUGUCAUGAAUUCAUAUGAAUACAUUAGUACCGGUCUUCGCACAUACAUGGACAACAAAAAGGAUGGAUUCUACAUUGCCCCAGCUUUCAUGGACAAACUUGUGGUUCACAUCACAAAGAACUUCAUGACUUUGCCUAACAUCAAGGUUCCCCUCAUUUUGGGUGUCUGGGGAGGCAAAGGUCAAGGUAAAUCUUUCCAAUGUGAACUUGUGUUCGCCAAGAUGGGAAUCACCCCAAUUAUGAUGAGUGCUGGAGAACUAGAAAGCGGAAACGCUGGAGAACCCGCAAAGUUGAUCAGGCAAAGAUACCGUGAAGCCGCAGACAUCAUCAAAAAGGGUAAGAUGUGCUGCCUCUUCAUCAACGAUCUCGACGCAGGAGCAGGAAGAAUGGGCGGAACCACCCAGUACACCGUCAACAACCAGAUGGUUAACGCUACUCUCAUGAACAUUGCUGACAACCCCACCAAUGUUCAACUCCCUGGAAUGUACAACAAGGAAGAGAACCCUCGUGUCCCCAUUAUCGUCACUGGUAACGAUUUUUCGACACUUUAUGCUCCCCUCAUCCGUGACGGGCGUAUGGAGAAGUUCUACUGGGCACCAACUAGAGAAGACCGAAUUGGUGUCUGCUGCGGUAUUUUCCAAACUGAUGGUGUGUCUAAUGAAGAUGUUACCAAGCUAGUUGACACUUUCCCGGGCCAAUCUAUAGAUUUCUUUGGGGCAUUGAGGGCUAGAGUGUAUGACGAUGAAGUAAGGAAGUGGAUUUCAGGCGUUGGGGUCGACUCAAUCGGGAAGAAGCUUGUCAACUCGAGGGAAGGGCCACCAACAUUUGAACAACCCAAGAUAACAAUUGACAAGCUUCUAGAGUACGGAUACAUGUUGGUUCAAGAACAAGAGAAUGUGAAGAGAGUCCAGUUAGCCGACACCUAUUUGGAUUCAGCUGCACUUGGGGAUGCUAACAGGGAUGCCAUAAGCCGUGGAGAGUUCUACGGGAAAGCAGCCCAACAGGUUCAGGUUCCGGUCCCUGAAGGAUGCACAGACCGUACUGCGGACAACUUUGACCCAACGGCUAGAAGUGAUGAUGGAAGCUGCAAUUAUACAUUCUAAACAUGGACAAGAAGUAUUUGUCAAAGAAUGUUAAACAUUUCUGUUUCUAUGGAUGUUGCUACCUUUCUGUUUUUGUUUGUUUAUAAGGGUUUGGUGAAACAUUAAACACAAUAUGGCCAAUAUGUGUUUUGUAGAGAAAUAUGUUAUUAUCAACCACAACUCGAUCUCAAUAGGAUAAGGGACUAGCAUCAAAAUUAAGGAUGAA